AUGACGCCGCGACGUCCCUCUUUCUCGAUCAGAACCCGCCCUCGCACCGCUACAGUCUCCUCCGGCCAACCAACAAGCAUGGAACGCGGUGUCUUGCAUGAACUGUCCGUCGUGGAUGGCGUCCAGGACGAAAGCCAGGUGUUGGAAGAGAUGAACCACUUCCCUCAGCCUGCCCCCCGGCGUCGAAGUGCCAAAAGUUUCUCCAACCUGCGUCACCCGGUCGACGGGCUGCGGGCUCUUGGUCGUCGUCUGUCCGUGUCAAUUCGACACAAGUCUUCUAAACACAACCUUCAUCACAGCCAGGAGGAGGAUCAUAUCGACGGUCCGCGGGAAAAUGCACCGCGCACAAGAAACACUUGGUGCAGCAUCAACCGUCGUCCAUCACUGAACAGCGUCUCGGCUCUCCAUGGAUUCUAUGCCCCGACCGCCUCCGUCCCUGCUCCCAUCCCCGGGAAUGGCCUAGAGCCUCCCAUCCUUCCCAAUGAUAUCUACGCCGGAGCCGCAGCGCGGGCUGCCGCGGCGGCCCAGAACGAGUUGGUGAAGAUGGAGCGUGAUGGCAGAAAACUGUCUGAUACGCGUUUGACCCAUGAUGCGGAGAGCGGGAUUGGCAUUGAUCUGCGAGACCGUUCAGAGAUGUCGGACACAGAAUUUGCGGUAGUCCGUCUCGAUCCGACAGCCCACUUCCCCACCGAGAUCAUCUCGCAGAUCCUCUCCAACCUUGAUCCCCAGUCUCUCAUGCAGGCGGAACUCGUCUCUCACGCGUGGAAGGAGCAGGCCUCCUCCCAGACUGUCUGGAAACGUGUGUAUCGUCGCGCUCAUCAAACCCACCGACCCGGAGAAUCGCCAUCGAAAAAGAAACAAUCCGCUGGGCUCGGCAAGAACAUCCCCAACCAGGAUUGGAAGAAAAUGUUUCUCGUCCGUCGUGCUUUGGAGCAUCGGUGGAAGGAAGGAAAGGCCGCGGCGAUCUAUCUACAUGGACACACUGACAGCGUAUACUGUGCCCAGUUUGAUGAGGAUAAAAUCAUCACCGGUUCCCGCGAUAGAACGAUCAGAGUAUGGGAUGCUCAUUACCCCUGGUCUUGUCGCAAAGUCAUUGGCCCUCCUCCUGCAGAUGUAUCUGGGAUCCCACCGUUCAACCCCACCGCGCAACAGUCGUCUGGGAAGCCGCCGUUUCUUACCAUCAACCCUCCUCCCAAGCUGCCGGCAGGCAUUACCACUCCCGCGGGCCAGGUGACUGAUCACCACAGUGCAUCGAUCCUAUGCUUGCAAUUUGAUGAGGAGAUUAUGGUUACCGGAUCUUCCGAUUACACCUGCAUCGUGUGGGAUAUCAACAAUGACUACAAGCCUAUUCGCCGCCUGGAGGGUCACAGUUCUGGUGUUCUGGAUGUCUGUUUUGACGACCGCUACAUUGUGUCUUGUUCGAAGGAUAGUACCAUCUGCGUUUGGGACCGACACUCCGGCGCCCUUCUGAAGAAACUCCUCGGUCACCGGGGCCCCGUGAAUGCGGUCCAGCUCCGUGGCGAUCUGAUCGUCUCCGCCAGUGGAGACGGGGUUGCCAAGCUGUGGAACAUCACAUCGGGACUCUGCGUCAAAGAGUUUCCCAGCAAGGAUCGGGGCCUCGCAUGUGUCGAGUUCAGUGACGAUGCUCGGACCAUCUUGACCGGUGGUAAUGACAAGGUCAUCUACCAAUUUGAUGCGAAUACCGGGGACAUGGUGCGCGAGCUCAAGGGGCAGGUGGGGCUAGUCCGGUCGUUGCACUUGGAUAGCAUGAACCAGCGGAUCGUCAGCGGCAGCUAUGACAUGAGCGUCAAAGUCUUCGACUCUCAGACCGGGGAGCUGUCCAUUGACCUCCCGGGGUGGACCACCAGCUGGAUGUUGAGUGUCAAGUCGGACUAUCGCCGCAUUGUGGCGACUAGUCAAGAUUCCCGUGCGGUGAUUAUGGAUUUUGGCUAUGGAUUGGAUGGAAUUGAGCUGCUAGAAGAGUAA